UUCUUAAAUUCUCGAACGGAUUGAAGUCCUGCUGUAGUAGACCGUGGGUGCGCUCGGUGUUUUAGUUGAUGUGCCGCGAGUGUUCUGAUGAGCUCACAUUGCUGAUGCACACAUCGUGUCUACCAAUCAACAAAAGGCGUUAGGACAGCAGGCAAGCCUCCCAACUAGUCGAGAGAGUCAAUGAAUAUUAAUACAGAGGCAGCUCACUUUCAUCCACACAAACUUAGCACAUUAUCAAAGGAAAGACUGCUGUCAACAGAGCAAGGUCCAUGAAAAUUUCAACAACAUUAUUUGGAUGUACACUCAUCGGAUUCGUAAUUGUUCAUUUUUAAAUCGGCGUUUCGCACGGCAGUGGUGGUGAGGAAGGCACAAAAAAGCCGCGAGGGACGUGUAGCAGAUGAAGACGUGCCUCGCACACUACUUCCAAGACUUUGGCAAUUGCUAGAUUUUUUUUCUUUAAAAUGUCAAGACUUCCUCCAUCACGGUCUGUCCAAUGCAAGCAGAGCCGCUCAUUUGGAAGGAUGCUGGAUCGCAGCCUUUCUAAUCCAAAGGUCCGGUCCUAUAAAUUGUGACAAAGGCUGUCACCGUUGAAAUAAGUAAUCGAUAUUCCAGAAUGCGUGGCGAUAUUCUUUUAGAAUCUUAACGAUCAUUGCCCCCACUCUUCCUCACUGUGCGUCUAGGGCUUUCUUUUAAGGUGAGUGGUCCAGUAUACUUGCAGUUUCAGCAGGAACAUUGCUGAUAGUGACAGAUUAUUAUUGUUGAGGGUCCAUGAGAGACUUUGGGUGAAAACAUGUCUAGCCACUUCUCUGUGAGGAUCACUGCUAUCAGAGAUGGCAUUUUGGUCCAGCACUUCAGUUUUUACCUCUAAAGUGCCACGGAAGAUCCUAUUCAUGUUUACUCUCUCCAUCUCUGUCACCUACCUGUUCUAUAGCUUGAUGAGCUGCUACAACUCGUUACAGUUCCCCUUGCAAGAGAACUACGUGUAUCAAGCGAGACUUGUGACAGAGGAGACAACUUUCGUUGCUUUCAGAGAGAAACUUUAUUCCGCCACAUCCCAGGGUUAUUUUGGCGAGGACCUGGUCGAAAGGACCGUCACCGAGCAGACGGUCGCGGGAUAUGCCGUCUCUACCCUCGGCCAGCCAGAUAAUGUGGCUAGCGAACAGAGGGCAACGGAAUGGGUCAGAACACAGCUUGCUCCGACUGAAAUGAUCGCAGGUGCUCAGAAUGCAGUUUUUGAGAGAGAGCACCAGGAAUCCAGCACCACGGACGACGAGCUCAGCAGAAGGGGGAAUAGCACCCCGGAUUAUGGGGAGAAAAAAUUGCCCCAGGCCAUCAUAAUUGGGGUGAAGAAAGGGGGCACCAGGGCUCUUUUGGAGGCUUUAAGGGUUCACCCCGACGUCAGAGCAGUUGGGGUUGAGCCCCAUUUUUUUGACAGGAACUACGAGAAAGGACUCGAUUGGUACAGGGACCUGAUGCCGUCGACACUGGAAGGCCAGAUCACCAUGGAGAAGACGCCCAGUUACUUUGUGACCCAUGAUGCCCCCAAACGCAUCCACUCCAUGGCUAGAGACACCAAACUAAUCAUUGUGGUCCGCAACCCUGUGACCAGAGCUAUUUCUGACUAUACUCAGACUCUCUCCAAAAGACCUGAGAUACCCACAUUUGAGGUGCUGGCCUUCAAGAACAGGACCCUGGGUUUGAUAGAUGCCUCGUGGAGUGCACUGCGGAUCGGGAUAUAUGCGCUGCACCUGGAGAGCUGGAUGCAGUAUUUCCCUCUUUCACAGAUACACUUUGUCAGUGGAGAAAGGCUUAUCGUUGAUCCAGCAGGAGAGAUGGCCAAAGUGCAGGACUUCCUUGGACUCAAGAGGAUCGUCACAGAUAAACACUUCUAUUUCAAUAAAACAAAAGGGUUUCCCUGCCUGAAGAAGCCAGAGGACAGCAGUGCCCCGCGGUGCCUUGGGAAGUCCAAAGGCAGAACUCAUCCCAAAAUAGACCCCGAUGUGAUACACAGAUUACACAAAUUUUACAAGCCCUUUAACAUGAUGUUUUACCAAAUGACAGGGCAGAACUUCCAGUGGGAGCAGGAAGAGAAGCAGUGACUCUCACAGUCCUCUCAGGCCUGCCAGACUGCAGCAGUGCACAGUGACAUGCUCCGCUUCCUUGUAGCAGAGAGUCCCAUCCUGCAUCAUUACUGUAAGGCUGGACACACCAGUCAGUCACCCCUUUCUUUGCAAACUGUUUCCAUCCACAGCAGGAGUUUGCAGAUUCUUCUCGAUAUUAGUAGGGGUGGAGGUGGCAAUCACUGUUGUAUAUAUUAUAUAUAUAGAUAUAGUUUUAUUUGUAAAAAAAAAAAAAAAAAAAAAAAGAAAGUGAGAUGACUUUAUUUCUUUUGAAAUCAAAGAGGAUAUACUAUACAAAUCAAGGCAAACAACCUGCAACAAUUCAUGCUAAGUGUCCUUAAUAUGUGAUUUGCUUCUUGAAUAUUGUUGAGUAAAGAAUGCAUCUUCCUGAGUUUGCUAGUACAUUAGGAUGACAUCGGUGGGGUAAAUACUUUAGUUUUGUCUUUAUUUCAAACAAACCAUUAGUAUUUUGUGUCUUUCAUAUUUGCACUGAAGAACUACUGAAAGAAGCCAUCCAGAAAGCUUCUCCCCCAUCAGCAUUACAUUAGGUGGCAUUAGUCUUUAUCUCUGAAUUCUGCACAAAGUGAGACAAUCGAUAUAGCAUUUUAUUUGUUAAUGGCAGCCACGAUGAUGGCACUUUUUGCGCCUCUGCUCUGCAAUGUUUUCUGGCCAUACAAGAUUGAUUUGGCUUGCUGCUGCCAUGCAUGUCUAUCACUCAGGGGAUGCCAAGUCAGCCUGCUUGUGCUACGAGUAAUCGGAUCAAUCAAGGUAAGCUCUGCAUUGCCCUUGAGAGCCCCCCUGAACGCCAGAAACACAACAUUUCACACCCAGGCUGUGCUGCACAGGCUACUAUUAGAAGCCUGUGCUGUGAAGUUGCAUUCAUCCCCUCUAACAAGGCCUCAUACGUCACCGUAAUUCCACCCUUUCAGCAUGGAAUUACCUCCGACUGCCGUAUUAUGGAGCUGGAUGACAGGUAAAUGUGUAUAAAGAGUGCUGUAAUUCCUGCACAGAUCACCUGAAAUUAAUGCUGACAGUCUGCACUUUAACCUCAUAUUCAUUAUUUCCAUUCCAAAUCCAAUGUGCUGGAGUGAAGAGCUAAAACAGCAGCAAUUGUGUCGCUGUCCAAAUACUGACAGACUGGACUGUAUAUAUAGGCAUGAAAGAUAUUGAUAUUUCUUAUGAAACCAUAUUGGGAAAUAAUUAGCCACAGGCGCUCACAGACCAUAAGAAAUCUGAUCUCAUGGACACUCAAGAACAUCUCUCCCGAAGCUAAACAUGAGAGGUGCAUUACUACUCGCACUACAGAAGACCCUGUAAUUUCAAUGGGGUGAGGGUUCGGUAAAUUAACAUAAUAUGUAUCCACAACUUUCUUGAGAAAUGCACCACAUAAAAAGGGAACAGCCUCACUGAUUAAGAAAUUUGUUGGCAAAAUAUGAAUCAUUACAAAAGCUAUAGACAGAAGUUGACAGUUAGAAUGAUUAAUUAUAAAGAUACAUACUGACUGGAAAAAAGUUGCACAAUACCUAAAAGCAUCCCUCCUUUCUUACACAAUGGCCAAGUACCCACCGGCUAUUCGUUAUAGUCAGUAAUGAACCUGUUAUCUCCUUUUUGUAAUUUUACAGUAAAAAGAGCUAUUUGGAUUUUACUUUUGCAAUACAAAUUUCAUUUUAAUAUUUUACAGUUAUAAGACAGGAGGCAGAGCCUAGCCUGUGGAUCAGUGGUCAGCAGUAUAGUGAGUUUACGAUAAAGAUGGACAGGAAAAAAAUGAAUGAGAGAAAAAAAAACUCCUUUUCUCUUUCAACCCUAAACAAAUUAGUACUAAACGAAUCCUUCCCAGUCACAUCUUUAAAAUAUGUUAGUUUACCCCACAGUAACUGUUAAAGGGAACAUUGGCAAUCCGGGACACUUCACUCUGUCUCAUGAAUUUAAUCAGUAACAUUGCAGAUGCAGAGUGCUUAUAUGUUUCUCUAAUAUCGCUGUGACAUCUUGUUAAGCAUAUAACAUCUGAAGUGCUACAUCAAAUUUACAAGCCAUCCAGUUAAUAUGCUUUUCAGACUGUAUAGAUAUUUUUUUCUUUGUUCACAAUGGCUCUCAUAAUUGCUGCAGAAUUGCAUAAUUUCUUGCAUAUUUAUUAAUUUUCACAUGAAAAGUAUUUUAUGUGGGAACAAAAAUUGAUAUGUAAUGAAAUUAACAAUACCAUAUAAAAUGUAUAAUUACCAAUGUGAUUCUUUCAUCUUUAAGUGUUAUUUAUUUCGAAAGUAAAUUUAUGAAGUGACUAUUUCCAUCAUGUAUUCCAAGAAAAUAAGGGUAUGGUCUAUGUUAUGAAAAUUGGCCAGUGUUUUCACAACAGUGGAAUGUUCAAAAUUUACAGGGAAAAUUCAAACUCGGCAGACCAAAGGAACUGUGUUUUAAUAUACAAUAUAUUACAUACUCUCUCUCUCUCUCUCUCUCUCUGUCUCUCUCUCUCUCACACACACACACACACACACACACUCAAAUAAAAUGAUAAAAAAUCCUGUGUAAUUAAUUUUGAAGUAUUCUUCCCCCUACAACCAAUUUAUUUCAUAACAGGUUAUGAAAUAUCAACAUGUUCUUUUAUCUCUUUUUCUGCUAGUGCCUAUACACUCAGAUAGAUGAUCAUUAGAAUUAAACACAGCCAUAUUGAG